UAUCCGCGGUUUUAAAACAUUGGUCUGUACGGAAAGCUCCGGAAGCGGAAGACAGAGUGGAGCUGCUUGAGAGAAAGGAAAGAGUGGCAGGAUGACUCUUGGUCUGAUCAAUGCGAACCCCGUCGUUCAUGCGAAAAAGGAGAGAGUAGCUCGCACCGAAGAUCCCCUCGCAGAUGAUGCCGUUGACCCCCUCGAAAUUUAUGAUUUCGUGAGAGAUAUCAGGGAUCCGGAACACCCUUAUUCCUUAGAACAACUCAGCGUCCUUUCUGAGGAAUCAAUCACAGUUGAUGACAAAUUGGGCCGGAUUCUGAUAACUUUUACACCGACUAUCCAGCACUGCAGCAUGGCAACAGUAAUUGGUCUUUGUCUGAGAGUUAAGCUAAAGCACUUUUUCCCUCCUCAUUACAAGGUGGACAUCAAAGUAUCUCCAGGAUCUCAUGCUGAUGAAGAAUCAGUCAAUAAGCAGUUAAAUGACAAGGAGAGAGUGGCUGCUGCGUUGGAGAAUCCCAACCUCCGCCAGCUUGUUGACGAGUGUCUCUACUCUAAUGAACUAUGAAGUUUUCCAUAACCUGCGCGAUAAUUUACAGGGUGUUUGAAGCUGAAGAAUGCCAUGAUAGCCACUUGUCUCUGGGUGUUAGUUGUUUCUGUCCUCCUCUAAGCCAACCGACUAUAUAACCCUUGAGUUUGACCUUAUAUUGUAUGUUGUAAAUUAAAUCAGAAAUCAUGCUCUGUUUACCAUAUUUCAGUUAUCUUAUGUAAUAUUUUCUGUAAUGAACUGAUUAUUGGCCCUAAUACCUGAUUGGUAUGUCUCGUUCCA